AUGGCACGAAAGAUACGUAUCGCAGCAGCGCAGAUUGGUGCUGUGCACCGGACGACACCACGGCCAGAGGUGCUACAACGCAUGAUCAGUCUGCUUGAAGAUGCAUCCCAGCACCAGGCAGAAGUAGUACUCUUUCCUGAAAUUGCUUUCACCACUUUCUUUCCUCGCUAUCUCAUCGCAGACCAGAGCGAACUAGACUCCUUCUUCGAACAUGGCGACAUCCGCACAGCUCCCCAGACAGCACCCCUCUUCACCAAAGCCCAAGAGUUGGCCAUCGAUAUUAGCGUAGGCUUUGCAGAAGCGACCACAGAUGGUCAACACUUCAACUCCAGCAUUUACUUUCACGCCAAGACGGGAUCGAUCCUCGCCAAAUACCGCAAAAUCCAUCUUCCCGGCACAUUCGAGCCCUUUGAGAAUCCCGAAGCGACAAACCAGCUAGAGAAGCGAUAUUUCCUCCCCGGGGAUCUAGGCUUCAAUGCCUUUCGAGUACCCGAUCUCGCAGAUUCCUCCGAACCCAUCUUUGGCAUGAUGAUCUGUAAUGAUCGGAGAUGGCCCGAAGCGUGGCGAUGUCUGGGUCUACAAGGAGUCGAGGUGGUGCUUUGUGGUUUCAAUACAGCAGGUUUCGCGCCGGAUUUGUGGGGCUCUGAUGCAAAGCAGUCGCCUGCACAGGCAGAACAGGAUGCGUUGUUUCAUCAUAAACUUUCCAUGCAGAGCAAUAGCUACAUGAAUGCCACAUUUAGUGUCUGUGCUGCACGAUGUGGGAUGGAUGAUGGGAAAUACGAUCUGAUCGGGGGGAGCUGUAUCGUGGAUCCAGAAGGGAGGAUUGUGGCGGAAGCGAAGACGAAAGAAGAUGAGGUGGUUUUCGCGGAGAUUGAUUUGGAUGCGUGUCGGCAAGGAAAGACCAAGACGUUCGAUUUUGAGAGACAUAGACGUGUCGAGCAUUAUCAGAGAAUUUCUCAACAGACUGGGGUCGUGGAGCCUCCGCGCCUCAAUGAUGAUAACAAUGCCAUGAUUGAGAGCACGGCCGUUUCAGUGUCAAGCAAGCCAAAUGGUAUACCAUCGAUGAUGAUAACCAACAACGGCUCUGCAAAUGCCCACCCUUCCACACCACCAAAACCCAUCCGAAUCCUCCUCAUCAACCCCAACUCCACCUCCAGCAUGACCGACUCCUGCCUGCACUCCGUCCAACACACCCUUCCCCCCGACGUCUCCAUCGCCGGUUUCACCGGCCCAGCCAACGACUCUCCCACGGCAAUCGAAGGCCACGUCGACGCCGUCCUCUCCUCCGCCGCCUGUUUCCGAUCUCUGAUCCACACUCACCCCGACCUCAUACCCUCCCACGACGCGAUUCUCGUGGCCUGCUAUUCCAAUCACCCACUCAUCGGAAUGCUGCGCGAAGAAUUCGACCUUCCUGUCAUAGGCAUCAUGGAAGCGAGUUUACUCGUCGCUCGCAGCAUGGGAAAUCAAAUCGGAAUCAUCGCAACGAGUGCACGCAGUGUGAAAAUGCAUCAAGCUUCCGUCGGAGAAGCGUAUGGGAUGGGGAAAUAUGUGGCAGGGAUUGAAUCGUGUGAUUUGGGAGUGUUGGAUUUGGAACGAUUGCCGAGAGAGAAUGUGUUGGGGGUGUUGAGAAAGGUGAGUCGGAAAUUGGUGGGGCAGGGGGCGGAGGUGCUGUGUUUGGGGUGUGCGGGCAUGACGGAGAUGAAAGUUGCGGUGGAAGAGGUGGUGCGGGAAGAAGGGGUGCAGGUGGUGGAUGGGGUGGUGGCGGGUGUGCAGACAGGACACGAUCUGCCAGGUCGUGGACUCGGUCUGCAGCAAGUCCAUCUCCACCAAGCCGUUGGCUGGCCUGACGACAAGAUGGAAGCACAAACAGCAGACGCCGAGCUCGUAGCUCUGAUCUUCGCCAAGGACGAUCUGCAUUCUGAAAUGUGGCAGAAGCUGUUUGGUAGCAUCAGCAAUUCCUACAGCCAACACACCGCCCACCCCGAUGGCGCCAAGAUCUUAUCAACGAGAUUUCUCGACCAAAUACCAACGACAGCGACGAAUGGCCGCGUAGCAGAGGUGAAGCUAUCAGUGGGCACAACCCCAACGUUACGAGAAUGCAAGAUUUUCACAGACGGUCCAUCCCUGCAAACAUUGCAAAGCCAAUACCAUGUCGAGAUCAUCCUGCAACCAGGCCCUCUCUAUGCCGCGCACAGAACGCCAGGGCUGGCAGUUUUCGACAUGGACAGUACUCUGAUCCAGCAAGAAGUCAUUGAUGAAUUAGCGAGAGCCGUGGGCUUGUACGACCAAGUCGCCGCCAUCACCGAGGCCGCCAUGCGUGGAGAGGAGCCCUACACAGACUUUGAAGCAUCAUUGCGAGCUCGAGUGGCUCUUCUUCACGGCGUGCCCACUACCAUCUGGGAGCAACUCAAGAGUGAAAUCAUCACCUUUACGCCUGGAGCGCCGGAGCUGCUGCGCGUUUUGAUCAAGCUCGGGUGGAAAGGGGCUGUGCUCAGUGGUGGUUUCACGCCCUUGGCAGAAUGGGUUAAAGAUACUCUGGGCUUGAGCUAUGCAUAUGCGAACCAUUUGGUCACGGAUCCGGUUCGGGGGGAAUUGACUGGUGAAUUAGUCUCUGGUCAACCUAUUAUUCAUGGGCUGAAGAAGCGAGAGCUACUUUUACAAAUUGCAAAAGACAACGCUAUCAGUCCCGAAAAUGUCAUUGCGGUGGGUGAUGGAUCAAACGAUUUACCUAUGAUGGAAGUUGCAGGCCUGGGAAUCGCUUUCAACGCCAAACCAAAAGUGCAACAUGCUGCUCCCAGCAAACUCAACAGCACCACUCUCUUGGACAUUCUCUACAUUCUCGGUUAUUCCCAAGAAGAAAUCAACAAAGCACUCGCCCGUCCAAAAUGACGUGCACGUCUUUCUUCAACCCUCUAUGGAAUAUUUUGAUAUAUCGUAUCUUCCGCACCUGGCGGCUCCAAAAAGUCCUGGGGAGUCGGCUCUUGAAUUUGAUGCGUAAAAGCCCAUUGACGAAUUUCUUCGAAGUUACGACAUGUGUGCUUUGUGUUGAAAUCCACAAAUGGUUGAGGUUUUUUCUGCUGCUGCUGCUGCUGUCCCCCGGGCGAUGGCGAUGUUGUUGAUGGUUGAUACCAAAUUUGUCCCAUGACUCCUACAUCUAUCGUGCAUUGUAGUUGCUGUCGAAGAAUAUCUAGGCAGUGCGCUUUUAUGCCGAAUUAAAUCGUUGUCAGUAGUUGUUCUGUUUGUCUGUUUGAAAGAAAUAGCUUUAUGAUAAUUGAAAAAAAAAGAAAAAGAAAAAGAAAAAAAGAAAAAGAAAAAAACUCACUAACAUGCC